CACUCAUUGAUCCUUAUGGGUUACGUUGGUUAUGUGUUAAUAUGUUAUUCUCAUUUUCCUGCAGAUGCUGAGAAAUCCGAGGGACUGACCUCUCUACCAUGGCCUCUCCGUGCUUUGCCCGUAAGUAGGAAGAAUUAUUUGUUGCAUUAUUAUUAUUUUAUUAUUCAUAUAACGCCAUCAGAUUCCAUAGCGCUGUACAAUGGGUGGACUAACAGACAUGUAAUUGUAACCAGACAACUAGACGUACAGGAACAGAGAGGUGGAGGGCCCUGCUCAAUGAGUUUACAUUCUAUAGGGAGUGGGGGAGCUUAUAUUAUCCAAUAUAUUUAUUGACAUAAAAAGCCAUGCUUUCUGGGAGUAAAUGAUGAGUGCACUCCAGGGGUGUGUAAAUAGCAUCAAAGGAGAUCUACAAAACAGUUUCUAUGGGAUCUCUUUCAUGAUUGACAGCCUCUGACAGCAUAUUGAUUAGUUAGUGUGAUAACAGGACUCACAAUUUCACAUCCUACGCUAGUAGACAGUAGACUCAUUCACCCCUGCAAACCUACAGGAUUCAUGGCACAAUCAGCAGGGUAUGGUUCUAGUCGCCAGGGCUGAAUUUUCAUUAGUCAGUGGCUAUUGGGCAAGUUGAAAUCUAGUGCCCUAGUAAAAAGAUUUUCCAGCUAGCUUCAUGUAUGUCAUAUUGAUGUCUUCUCGAUGAGGCCACAGUUCCCUUACAGCUAACCGAUAUACCUUACUUUGUCAUGGCAGGACUUCACAUGGAUGAGAACUUGCAGGUGAUGCAGACUGGGUCAAUGAUGAGAAAAGUAAAAUCCAGAAACUGGAAAAAGCAACGAUAUUUCAAACUACAAGAGGACUGCAUGACCAUCUGGUACAAGUCAAAGAAGAGUGGGAACACUAAGUCCACCUGUGAGUUACAUGUAUCUAUAACAGAUACCCCUAACACACGUAUAUAAUGUCAUGUAGACCAUGACUUGUAAUGAUCACAAGUGAUAGAAAAUGGAAAAUUGAACCCUGUGGCCAUACUUCACACAUUUACUUAAAGGACCACUAUAGGCACCCAGACGACUUCAGCUCAAUGAAGUGGUCUGGAUGCCGGGUCCAUCUAGGGUUAACCCUGCCUGCUGUAAACAUAGCAGUUUCAGAGAAACUGCUAUGUUUACAUUAGGGUUAAUCCAGCCUCUAGUGGCUGUCUCAUUGACAGCCUCUAGAGGUGUUUCCGCACUUCUCACUGUGAUUUUCACAGUGAGAAGACACCAGCGUCCAUAGGAAAGCAUUGAGAAAUGAUGGACUGAUUGAAUGCGUGCGCGGCUCUUGCCAUGCAGGCACAUUUGGCGGAAGAGGGAGGAGAGUGCCCAGCGUCGAGGGAGCCCUGCGCUGGAGAAAGGUAAGCCUUUAACCCCUUCCUCCCCCUAGAGCCCAGCGGGAGGGGGGCCAUGAUGGUGGGGAGGACCUAUUAAUACUAUAGUGCCAAGAAAACGAGUUUGUUUUCCUGGCACUAUAGUGGUCCUUUAAUAUAUUUAACCUUGUAAGCAUAGCUCCCUUAUGGUCCUACGAUGUCCACUAGUGAUGUCCAUCUGCCCCGGUGCUGUAAAAUAUACUCACUAUACUCAGAUUUAAACACAAUAAAACACAAUACAUCACAAGCAGAGCAAAAAUAUGCUUUCAUACAUAUUAUUAAUACAUAUGAAGUUGUUAAAUAUGUUUAGAUGUUUUUAUGCCGGCAAUGUCCAGUUAAUAAAUUCAUUAUAGUUACCAUAUCUGCCGUAUUUUGGGGUUGGGGACCAUGGGGCGCCUUAGAAUUGUUUGCCUACAGUAAUCCAACAUGUCAAUCCAGCCCUGGUCAAGGCAGGCGCACAUCCAUAUACAUCAGAAAAAAUCAAUAAAACUGAGGAAGGCUAGCAGGAGACAAGAUAUGUUUUAUAAUGAUAAAUAAUCCUAAUGCAUUUAAGGCAAUUACAAAUUAAACCGGUGGCAGAUGACACGUCCGGACUGCUGUGAUAUAAACUGCCAUUUUUUUAAACAAAGAAUGUGAAGAUUUUGGAAAUUAAGGCUGAUGAAGAUUGAUUGUUGGUAGAUGCACAGAGUGAAUUGAAGAAAGGCGUUCAUAGAUAACCCCACGAAAGAACGGGGUUCAUGGAAAAUCUGGAUCUUGACGACACUUUUUCCUGCAGUAAAAAUGGCAAUUUAGUAAUUAGUUUUACACCCACACAGAACCAAAGCCAAGAAUAAAACUAAGAGAAAAUUAAAGAGACUUUUGCAUUGCAGAAGGAAAUAUUUCUCCCUGUCAGGCAUUUUUAUUGGCAGCAGUGAAAAAAUACCAUUAGUCGGCACUCAGAGCAGCCCGUGGCAGCAGGCUGCAUGUGUGAGUGACUGGUUCUGGCAGGAGACUCUCCGCAGUUCCGGUAAUGUGCCUGCGAGAGUCUCUGCUCAGCCUCCCCACUCACAGCACAGCAUCAGUGAGGUCAGCAAUUAAUGCAUUGCAGGGCAUCGAGUGGUGAUGGCUUUUACAGCUAAGUGCUGGGCUUUCUCCCUGCAAGACGGUCAGAUGGGGUUCCUCGAUGUCAGACGGUGACUCCAUGUCUGUUUAUAGGUCUUUGAAUCCAAUACUUGCCAUAUUCAUCUAAAAUAGCCCUAAUAUUCCUGUAACCGUCUCUUUCUGACAUUCAGUAAUGUGUAUAUCAACUCAAUAGUUAAUACUGACAAAUCUGCCGUGUUUGGUCCUGUGCGAAUCUGUAUGGGAUAGAAUAUAUAUGGAAAACUGAGUGGUAAGGUGAUCACAGCCAACACCAUAUACUACUGUGACCUACUAAAAAUAUGUACAAAGAAUAUACACGUGCCCCUUACUAACGUAGGGGCCUUCAGAUGCAGUGCUCAAAUAAAACAAAACAAUUUAAAUAAAUAUAGUGUAAUAUUGUAUAGGGAACAGCAAAUUAGAAAUAAAGUGAGAUGGAUGCACUCACAUAAUACAGAGCCUACAUGGAUAGGCUCUAAUCUCAUGCGCAGGUGUGCACUCAGAUAGCAAAAGAUCUCUUGAAGUUUCUAUCAGAAGGAUCUCAAACGAAAAACAAAAGUAUGGCAUCUAGUGUAGUAAGUAGGAGGUAAAAUAGUAUGCCAGGAGACAGUAAAACUGUUCCCUUUAAAUAGAAUAACACAAAACAACAUUGGGGAGUAUGGUUCUUAAAAUACUUGCUACAAUCACCCCGUGUCAAGUCACACAAUAUAAACACACAAUAAAAGUGAAGAAACUAUAAAAGAUUGUUGACAACACACAUAAAUACUGAAUACUGUUUCAUCCUGAAAUACAAAGAAAAAGGCAGACCAUAGUGUGGUAUAAUAAAUAUCAGUGACACACAUGUAUAUUUCUCACAUUCAACUCACAUGUAGUUGAGCCUAUUUUAGCAGGCUCAGACUUAAGGCCUCCCAAUGGAUAAGGUGUUCUUUGGUCUAGUCUUAGAAUGUAAUUUAAUUUAAUCUAGUUUACCCUGUGACUUUUUAUGAUCUCUGUGAUAAUUAUUUGGAAUGUGUACCGUCUUCUUUUCUGAUGACUGUGGCCGUCCUUUGUCUCGGUCUAAUCUGCCUGUUUUCUGUUAGUUUCCAUUAGUGAUAUUGAGACCAUUCGAGAAGGCCACCAGUCUGAGAUCCUGCAGAGCAUCGCCGAUGAGUUUUCAUCUGACCUCUGCUUUACCAUCGUCUUCCAUGGCCGUCGCCGAAACCUUGACUUAAUUGCCAACACACCAGAGGAGGCUCAACUCUGGAUUCAAGGCCUGGAAAAACUAGUAGAGGCUGUGACAAAGAUGGAUCAGAAGGAGAAGAUGGACCAGUAUCUUUUCAGUAGUUUAUUAACCAAUAUCAAUGCAAGCUACAUAGUCAGAGGGUAGAUCAGGAAUCAUAUUACCCUGUGGUAAGGUUUUACUGUUAUGGUAACCUGGGUUAACGAUUCCUCCAGAAAGCCACCUAACGUGAUGAGUCCUCAGGGGAUGGCUGGCAGCCUUAGGCCUGGGGGGCAAACCCAGUCAAGUGGCCCAUUGCACCACCAAAUCACUGCCCACCUUUUCCUGGUUUUAUAACGGAUAUUGAUGUUAUGCUAAUCAGUAGCUCUUUGCAAUACCCGCUCUUUCACGGCUCUGACUGCCAAUGUUGUCAGAGUGCAGGCUGAGAAUCUCUGAGCCUGUGCUCCAACUCACUAACUGAGCGCCGAAACCACGAGGGAGAGGAUAUGAUCUGACUGCACCUAGUGCUGGUGCGCACCAGUGGACCACCAGCGAAUCGUUUAAAUUGAAUAGGCUGGCGUACCCAUUUUGUGAGCUGUGUUGUACGCCGGGCGCCUCUGUUGUCAUGGCACCCUGCGUGACCGCACAGCGUGCACACCCCAACGGCUGGCCCUGCUGACACACACUGACGUUACUACUUAGACAUCCCUCAAUAUUAAUACAGACAUCAGAGUAAACACCAAUAAACUGUGGAAACAGAGCUGAUCCCCCCAAUUUGUAAAGAUUUGCUUAGUGGAUUUGUUGUAAGAUUAAAUCAUGCCUCCUCCUCUCUCCCAUGCGCUGCUCUGUAGGCUGGGAGGAAGUGAAGAGUAAUCACAAUCUCCCAGCACAGCGGCACCUGUGGCUGCAUGGGGAACAGAUGGUUAAUGUAAUGCUUGCAGGACGGCCAGCUGCCGCAGAAACUCUUUGUUCCCGUCUCUGCAAAGGGCUCCACGCACUGCUUGCUGUGAGUGUGAGCCACUGUAAAUUAGGGGCAGAGGGCACUUGCACUGCGGUAAAGUUGGGUCUGGGCAGGAGGAGAGUGCAGUGCAAUCAGUGCACUCCCUUCCUGUGGGUCACCAGUAGACUGGUGCACCUGCCGGUGCAAGGAUUUUUGCUGCCCUAGACAAAACAAAAAUUUGCUGCCCCUCCCCCCCACGUGACAUCACAAUGCCCCACCCAUAUGAUCUGCCAUAUGAACUAACGCCAGUGCUGCACUGGCCUGCAGGGACCGGCCUGCAGGGACCAGCUAUAGACACCAGAACCACUUCAUUAAGCUGAAGUGGUUCUGGGGACUAUAGUGUCCCUUUAAUGUGAGGUUAAUUAUAGAUUAGUGUCACUAAUAAUAUACUAGAUUGCCUACUUACAACCAGAUGAGGAUGAUGAUGGGCUGCAGUUUGGCUCCACUGGUCUGGUGUAGAACAGGAUCUCUGGAGGCUGUUUGCAACUGUGGUCACAAAAUUCAAUGUUCUGGGAGAAUUGGAAGCAGCUCCAUUUUUUAGGGGGCCCCUUACACAGUGUUAUUGUAGAGGAUCUAAUAUGUGUGCUUAUGGUAUGUAGUGUAUAGGGAUACCAGUUUGUUCAGGUGAUGCAGUGUGUUUGUGUGUAGUGGAAGCAGUGUGUAUUUGUGUAUAAUGGAUGUAUUGUGUGUUUCUGGUUGUGUGUAAGGGAUGCAUUGCGUGAAUCUGUGUUUGUAUGCAUAAGGGAUGCAAGGUGUGUGUCUGUAUGUGUGUGCAUUGAGUGUGUGUAAGAGAUGCAUUGUGUUUCUGUGUAUGUAAGAAAAGCAGUGUGUGUGUUUGCAUGUGUGUGUAAGGGUUUGCAUUGUGUGUUUCUGUGUAUGUGUGCAAAGGAUGCAUUGUCUUUGUGUGUAAGGGUUGCAUUGUGUGUGUGUAAUGGAUGCAUUGUGUGUCUCUCUGUGUGUAAGGGAAGCAUGUUGUGUUUCUGUGUGUGUAGGGAUGCAUUGUGUGUUUCUGUGUAUGUAUGCAUUGUGUGUAAUGUGAAAGAGCUCCCUGUCUUGCCCCCUGUCCUAUAGAGCUGUCCCUUAACAGAGCGCUCAGGCGGCUGCAGCAUUGGGACCGGCCCUGUUGCAGCGGACGGGUUUAAAAUGAUUUAGGGCGGCCUGGGGGUAAUUGCCUCCCUGCCCCCGGCCCAGCCCGCCCCUGUGAGUCCUUAAGUUCUACUCAGAACAACUUCCCAAGAGAUGCUGAUGUUGCUUUAUGCAAAGAGACCAGUAGGGUUAUCAAAUUGUGUCUUGUAUUAAUGCUCAGUAAUUGCAGGCUCAUUAGAACAUUUUAAAUCUUUAGUUAAACGAUGAUCAGAAUGGCGCUCAGUGGACAUAUUAAUUUUAGAAAAGCAAUAAUAACUGCUAAGUGAUAGGGGUUUAGUUAAUGUGUUAAGCGGUGUAUAUAACUCAACGUGCGACCAACACUUAAAAAUGGGGGAGGAUAAUGUUAAUUAAUGUUAAUUACUAUAAAAUAUGUAUUAUGACAUGUCUUACAAAACCACUAUAAGGAUUAGCUUUUCCAAUUUUCUAAUGGAGGUAAUGUUAAAACCCAGACUAUACUUUAAAAAAACAAAAAACACAAUUGUUGCUCAGUUUAUAUGACGCAUAAUUAUUUAAUCAGAAGGCUGCAAUUUUACAAUACAUCAGGCUGAUAACAAAGAUAAUUGUCAUAAACUUUUAUUUAUUUUUUAGGACAAAAUGUAAAUAUUCUUUUACAGUGGUGGCUCUUGACUUUGCGAGUCCUUUGGGGAAACUAAAACAUGAGUCCCUCACUAUCACUAAUAGUGAAAAAAUAAAUAGGAGUUGCAUUGUGUGUGUAUAUGCAGCUGUAUCUAUAUUAAACGGCGGCUUUCAGCGCUGGAUACUGAGACUUAGUCUCUGUAUUCAUUGUUCAGGUGCUUACAGUGCCGUGGCUCCCUCUGCCGCUGCGUUGUGAGCUCUCAGACUGUAGUUAUGGCAUCAUUUGAAACUAAAUUAGUUAGUAAUUAACAAAUGUAAUUAGCAAUUAUGCUAAUUGUGUUUAACCCCUUAAGGACACAUGACAUGUCAUGAUUCCCUUUUAUUCCAGAAGUUUGGUCCUCAAGGGGUUAAGCGAUUGCGGUGUAUGGUUGCAUAGCCUGGCAGACAUGUAUACAUAUGAUCCGGUGUGAACUGGUUAUUGGAAACAAAAAUUAAUAUUUUGUUUGGGCAAAAAAGCUUUUCAAAAAUAAUUUACCAAAUAAGAAAGUUACAAAUAGGAAAAGAGUGUCAUAGACAUUUUCCCCACAUAUUCUAUUUUUACAUAUCUAUUAUUCUAUAUGUUCUUUAUAUACGUUUCCCUGUGUUCUGUACGUGUAUGUAUAUUAUAUAUGUUAUAUUAUAUAUGUUGCCACUUUACCUUUGCAUUGCCCAUACCAUACCAUACCACCGUCACAUUGCAGCCAUAAACACUCGCCUAGCUCACCGAAUUAGAGAGCCACCUCUGUUCUUUACCACAGCUCCCUCUAGUGUCAUGAGUAAGGAAGUCACAUGUGGACAAUGUCUUUCCUGCUGAGUUAUAAAUAGGAAAUAAGAAUUAUAAAAUCACAAGGAAAUAAAACUUAAUAUGCACCAGGGAAUACAAUGAAAGCACAUUCUGGAAUAGCUCUCAAUGAUGCCUGAAUUCAAUAAAAAGUUAUUUACUACUGUAUGUAAUGAACUCCAGGAAAGCAAGCAUUUUAGAACAAUUGCAGUAUAAAUGAUCAGUUUGCAGAAUCUAUGAUGACAGUACAGCCUUGCUGAUUGUUCCCAGGACCUCUGAUCAGAUACAGGAGGUGUGACUUCAAUGAACACACAUAUUGCUACUCUGAUAAUCAUCUAUAACUAUAGCAAAUAUGUACAAAAAUAAGAUGGAGCCUUUAAUAAUACUGGCCCAUCCUUUUUUUUACCCCCCUUUAUGAGGCUGUAUUAUCCAUUAGGAUGUAUCACCUUCGGAAAUUCCCUUAACAUGCCACAGAUGGAUUUGUGAUUGGUUUGUGAAGGCAGACAAAAACAAGGAUGGCCGUAUGAACUUCAAGGAGGUCCAAGACCUGCUGAAGAUGAUGAAUGUUGAUAUGAACGAACAUCACGCCUACCGUCUGUUCCAGGUAUGGAAAAAUACAAAAUCCGCCCUGGUCAAUCCAACCUGAUUAACUGCAUACUGAACCAGAGGAAACAUGUUUUUAUUGUAACGACACAUUUUGGAAACUUUUACUGGUAAAGCAUAGAAUUUGAUCUUAAGGUUAUUCGUGGAUUUGUCAAAAUAGCUUCAUGCAGUAGUAACCUCGACAUCUCUGCUUUCUGAUUGUGAGACAUCGUUUACUGUUCAUAUAUUCAGUUAUCAGAAAACGUUCCUUCUGUUUUUGCCCCCACUCUGUCUUGCAGAUGGCGGACAAGUCAGAGUCCAGCACUCUGGAGGGCGAUGAGUUUGUGUUGUUUUAUAAAGCUCUAACACAAAGGGUUGAGGUACUGAAAAUAUUCCAAGACUUCUCCAAAGACGGCAAGAAGCUCGCAUUGCUAGAAUUUGUGGAUUUCCUGCGUCAGGAGCAACUGGAAUUAGACAACGCAGAGGAGUUUGCCAUGGACCUUAUUGCUCGAUAUGAGCCAUCGGAAACAGGUGAGGUCUUAGACGUUUACUACAGACUAGAACAAAACCACCUUUUUAAUGCAAUAUCUAGAUAAUAGACUUGUGCAUAGUGAAACAAUUUGGUUUGACGCAACAUUUUGUCACGUCCAAAUUUUGUCCAUGCAAACAAUUUGGAAAGGAUGAACAAAAAGGACCCAAAAAUGAGCCUUAUGCACAAUAUAUAAAUAUUACGUAUAAGUAUACAUAUUUUGCAGUACAGUGAUUUUUUUACUGCUUUGCUUUUAUUGAAGCAAAUUCCAGUUAGAAUUUGGUUAACCAAAUUCUGCCCGGAUAAAAUGGUUUAUUGGAAUACAGUCUACAAUCAGUUAUUUAGGUACAUGUUUUUGUUCGGUCCCACUGAUCCCUGAUUUAUAUCUUCAUUGUUUAUUUAUUUGGUUUCGUUAUUUAUUUGAUUUAGUGGCUGUCCCCUUAUUAUCAAUAAUCUUUUUUUGGGUUAGGCGGCCUGAGCAACAAAUGACAAACCAAAUAAACCAGUUUGUCCCUUGGUUGGCCAUUUCGGUUGUUUCGUGAUUUGGUCAAGAAUUGGAUCAUCCACCAUUCAGUCAAAAUUCUGACAAACUGUAAUUCAUCUGAAACAUAAUAUGCAAAAGCCCCUCUGCAAAUACAUUUAAAAAAAAAAAAAAAAAUAAAAAAAAAAAAUAUAUAUAUAUAUAUAUAUUUGUGUGUGUGUAAUCAAUAAUGGUUGGUUUGAUUGUACCCUGAAUGACUUGUAUUGUGUCCCGAUCAUUAACAACUGGUUUAAUUAAAACUCUGUGCUCGGAUUCUAGCACAGACACUCCAUGCCAUGAGCAUCGAUGGCUUCCAAGCAUACUUGUGUUCACCAGAAGGAUCCAUCUUCAACUUCGAACACGAGCAGCUUUUCCUAGAUAUGACGCAACCGCUGUCUCAUUACUUCAUCUCAUCUUCUCAUAACACGUACCUUAUGGAGGACCAGCUCCGAGGGCAGAGCAGUAUCGAGGGUUAUAUCAAGUGA